AUGGGUGUCAUAUCAUCUCUUUCACUGUCAAUCCUUGAACCAAUUGGUGCUGGGUUAUGGUCACACCACGUGGUUCGGUUGAGGUUGAUUAUCAAUCCACAAAUUGCUCAUGACUGGACAAAUAUCGCUUGGAGCUUUGCCGCACCUUUUGAGCUGCCCGUAUUGCUGGUAUUGAUGUACCCCUAUGACUCCAGGCUGGGCUCUCCUCAACGCACUAAACGCCACGGAGCGAAUGAUCUGCGCGAGUCGAAUCAGAGGCGCAAGGGAGUGGAAGCAACACUGAACUACCACAAAGACAACGAGGAUGGAUCGCCUCCGCAUCCUACAUAUGUUGACAGGCCAGAGACAUAUGACCGGCCAUUUGAAUCCCACUCUAUGACGAUCAGCGACCUCACAGGCGAUGAAGAGGAGUUUUCUCUCGAUAUAAAUGGGUUUCAAAUCCAUCACAGCUGGUCGACUGAAAAGCAGUUUCAAGACGAUGAUCAGAUCAGGUCGUCCUACUACGCCGAAGUUGAAGAACUUCUAAAAGCGGUCUACCUGGCACAGCAGCACAAGGACGAGCAGCUCGUGGACCCGUGCAAAGAGUUCAUAUUGACCAAUCUUACAAGGCCGCUCUUUCCCGGGUUCCUCACCACCUCCCAGAUGAUGCCGAUAAGUUGCUCAAAGGUCGAGUACAAAUCAUCAACGUUUGGAGGCCCAUCAAAACAGUUCAACGAGACCCACUCGCCAUUGCAGACGCCAGGAGAGACAUACGCAGUGAGACAUAGCAACGCUCACAAGUGGUACUAUAAAGAUGGUCUCACACCGAACGAAGUAAUUCUCAUUAAGUGCUUCGACAGCAAGACGGACGGAAGAGCUAGGAGAGUCCCCCACACUGCUUUCGUUGAUCCAACGGCAAGCUCGGAUGCACCACCAAGAGAAAGCAUAGAGGCAGCGCUUAUACCCAAACAAACAAAUCAAAUAUGA